UUACUAUCUCUGACCAGCGAAAAAUUCGAAAAUCAAGUACGAAUUUUAGAGACUCGAUUCCUGCAUAUGACAAACUAGCAGUGACUUUGCGAUUUUUGGCAACUGGAGAUUCCUAUGAAAGCCUCAUGUAUUUUACUAAAAUGUCUAAAUCGACAAUAUGUAAUGCUAUAUCUGAAGUAUGUGCAGCAAUAAAUGAAGCAUUGCAAGACUAUGCUAAGACACCGUCAACAGAAGAAGAAUGGCUAUCAAUCGCUCAGGAAUUCAAUGAGAAGUGGAAUUUUCCAAACUGUAUUGGCGCUGUAGACGGGAAACACUGCGUCAUACAAGCACCUAUUAACAGCGGAAGCUACUUUUUUAAUUAUAAAUCCACAUUCAGUGUGGUGUUAAUGGCCAUAGUAGACGCUAACUACAAUUUUAUAUUCGCCGAUAUUGGUUGUCAGGGCAGAAUAUCAGAUGGCGGAGUUUUCAGAAACACUUCUUUCUAUCAGAAACUACAAAAUAAUGAAUUAAAUUUGCCCAAUGACCAAAGCCUUCCAGGAAGACAACAGAAUAUGCCAUUCGUAUUUGUAGCAGAUGAUGCAUUCCCAUUACAAAGACACAUCAUGAAGCCGUAUCCUGGUACUCAUGCCAGGGGAUCCGAAAAACGAAUUUACAACUACCGUUUGUCUAGAGCAAGACGAAUAGUAGAAAAUGCAUUUGGCAUUCUUUCAGCAGUUUUUCGUGUAUUGCGAAAACCUAUGUUGCUACAACCUGAUAAAGCAUCUCUCGUCGUAAUAACCUGCGUGUACCUACAUAAUUAUUUGAUGAAAAGGAAAGCUUCUAGGAAGCUGUAUAAUUCACCGGGCAUGAUGGACAGAAUUGAAGAUGACGUCGUCAUUCCAGGCCAGUGGAGAAAAUAUGGACCGUUUAUCAUCAUUUCUCCCGUUACCCAACACUGGACGAAGACACACUUUGCAAUGUGAAAAUAUCCGGAAAGAAUUUUCAGACUAUUUUAAUUUGACUAAUAUUUUGCCAUGGCAAAACAAUAUUGCAUAAUGAAAGCGAUAUGUUACUUUAUAAAAGCGUAAAUAACCUAACCUAAAAUUAUGGUAGAAUACCCAAUAAAUAAACGUAACUACCUACUUA